AUGCCUCUUAAAGUGCUCGUAGUCGGUGCCGGUCUUGGAGGGUUGGGGGCAGCCAUUGCCCUCAACCGGGCCGGCCACGAUGUUCUUGUCUUCGAGCAGUCCCGAUUUCUGCAUGAAGUUGGAGCGGCAAUCCAUGUGGCCCCCAACGCUUCUCGCAUCUUACAAUCGUGGGAGGUGGACAUGGAAGCCCUGCAGGCGGUUGAAUGCAUCGCAAUCAAGGUCUGGGAUGCACAGGGGAACUUCAUCUCAACGACUGCGCAUCUCAACCUCUCUGAUGCCUGGUUGCUGACCCAUCGGGUGGACCUGCAUAACGCGCUGCGCGCUGCGGCCGCAAAGGAAGUCAAUGGCCGGCGAGUUCAGAUUCGGCUGGCCUCUCGUGUCGCGACUGUGGACGCCGAAGCUGGAGCAGUCACAUUUGAGGACGGAUCGGUAUACACCGCCGAUCUGGUGAUAGGAGCAGAUGGAAUGCACUCAAGAACCGUCAGGGCCGUCAUUGGAACAGACCAAAACAAACAAAGCACAGGGCAGAGCUGCUUCAGGUGUCUCAUCCCCGUUUGCAAGCUGCGCAAUAAUUCGUUGACUUCACCACUUCUUGACAAAAUCGGGCUGGACGCGACGAUUGUCUUCACCAGCCCCGACCGACGGCUGGUCAUGUACCCUUGUCGUGCGGGUUCGCUUCUGAACUUGGCUGGCAUCCAUCCAUCAGACGCGAUGGCCAGAACCGAGUACUCAUCGUGGCUUGACUCCGGAAGCCUGGAAGAUAUGCUAGCAACGUAUCGAGAUUUCUGCCCUGAACUGCAAGAAUUGUGCCGCCAGGCCGAGGAUGUCAAGUUAUGGAGCCUGGCAUCGCGCCAGCCCCCGCCGACAUUCGUGAAGGGCAAGCUGGCCUUGCUGGGCGACACUGCCCAUCCGACCCUUCCACACCAGGGCCAGGGCGGCGCACAAUCAAUCGAGGAUGGCGCGGCUCUUGGGGCCAUUUUCGCCCCAGAUACGACCCCGGUUCAAGUGCCCAAACUGCUUGCAGUCUACAAUAAGACACGCUACGACCAUUCGAUCACUGUCAUGAUUAUGUCCCAGAAGCCCAAUGAGCGGCGCGCAGAGAUGCUAGACGAGCUGCGGCGCUACGUCCCCGACGCCCAAAUCCCCCCCGACAUGAUCGCCUUUACCUGGAGCUCUGACCCUGCUGCGAAGGCGCGACGCUUGCUGGCGACGCACCUGCCCGAGCACACUGGGUCCCGGCUGUAG